AGGGUCAACUUUAGCAUCCGUUGGAUGAUUUUAGGCACACAUCUCUAGAUACUACAUCUAACCAUAUGAUACACAAAGACAUACAGCUUAAAGCAUAAUUAGAACUGUUUAUUGUGUAAAGUCUCAGGAAGAAAAAGGAAGUUCAGUCCAGGUCAGUUCUGGAGGCCAAUUUUGGUGACCGAAUCAUCUUAGGGUUUACAAAUCUAUCAUACUUGUGAAAUUAUACGGGAGGAGUUAAAGAGCAAUCAUGGAUGUUGAUUCAGAGCCAUCAAUGGAGGAAACCAUUUUGGUAGGUGAUGAUUUAAUGACAGGACCACCAUCACCUAUCAUACCUCCAGAAAUUGCUUCCCAUGUUCUUGAAGGUGUCGAGACUUGUGAUGGGAUUCUUAGGAAUUUCUUCUUAUGUUUGCAAAUCAAUGAUAUUGAACCAUUUUGUCAAGAUGAGAUUGUUAUAUACAAACAAUGUGUCGAUAAACGGGAUAAGAUACUGAGGCAACGGCUUCGAGAGAGUGAACAUAAAUUGGGGCUAUCGAUGCCAUUAGAUGAUGCCAAAGGUAGAGCCACUCAACUUCAGUCAGAGGUCACAUCAUUGGAGAGGCGCUUAAUUCUUGCAAGUGGAGCUGAAGGGAUGGACGGGUUUCGACAGAGAUGGAGUUUGCAUGGACGCCUUGAAGACACUAAAAAAAGAUUAGAGUCUUUAAAGCAGGGAAUGGAGAAGAGAGAAAAGAAAGAAGAGCCAACGAGUUCAACCACCAUUAAGAAAGGUUGGUUCUCUUGAUAAAAACAACCGACAACCUGUGUUACAGAACUCACUGAAUUAUGUCAUUCCUUGUCAGAAACUUGCAUAGAUUUUGUCACUGGCUAUAUAAGCGAUAGCUUUUGUGUUUAUUUAGACAUUCUACGUCUCAAUAUGGGCUAUCAACAGUUCAUGAUUGAAGUAAAAUUGUGGUUAACCUUACGUCUAGCUGGAAAAUAGACAUAUUAGGCGAACAGUGCUGGAUAAAAUUUUGUAUCUAAACAUACUGUACUUGUUUGAUCUUCCCAUUUGUAAAAGAAGGGUGGUGUUAUGCGCAACAAAGUAAAUUUUUAUUUGGCGAAACACAUGAAAAGUAUAAGCCUUAAUACAAUCGGUAUUUCAAGGUAGAAAUUGAGAUAUACUUUGUAUUUUUCUUAUA